CACCAUCUAUCCUUUCUGGUACCAGUUUUGACCCCUCUCUCUCUCUCUCUCUCUCUCUCUCUCUCGUCUCUGCGAUUCAUUUCAGACUGAAGAUCAAAUCCCAAGCCUGAUAUGUUAUCCAAGCACCCUUUCACUACUCCAAAUCCAAGAUGAGAACCCUCAACAACAGCGUUGACACCAUCAGCGCCGCCGCCACUGCCAUCGUCUCCGCCGAGUCUCGUGUCCAGCCAACUGCCGUUGAGAAAAGAAGAUGGGGAGGGUGCUGGAGUCUGUACUGGUGUUUUGGUUCUCAUAAAAAUAGCAAGCGAAUUGGUAAUGCUGUUCUUGUUCCUGAACCAGGGGCACCGGGAGCUGUAGUUACUUCAGCUGGAAAUCAAACACACUCGACUGCCGUUGCAGUUCCUUUUAUUGCUCCUCCCUCUUCUCCUGCUUCAUUCCUCCAAUCUGAUCCCCCUUCUGCCACCCAAUCACCUGCAGGAUUGCUCUCUCUUACUUCCCUUUCAGUGAAUGCCUACUCCCCAGGUGGACCUGCAUCCAUUUUUGCCACAGGUCCUUAUGCUCAUGAAACCCAGCUAGUUACUCCACCUGCAUUUUCUGCCUUCACCACUGAACCAUCCACUGCUCCUUUUACACCGCCUCCUGAAUCUGUUCAGCUGACGACACCUUCUUCGCCGGAGGUGCCAUUCGCUCAACUCCUGACGUCUUCUUUGGAGCGUGCUCGAAGAAAUAGCGGGACCAAUCAAAAGUUUGCAUUGUCCCAUUAUGAAUUCCAGUCUUAUCCGCUGUACCCAGGAAGUCCUGGUGGUCAGCUCAUCUCACCAGGCUCAGUUAUCUCAAAUUCAGGCACUUGUUCUCCUUUCCCUGAUAAGCACCCCAUUCUUGAGUUCCGUAUGGGGGAAGCUCCCAAGGUCUUGGGCAUUGAGCAUUUUAAUACUCGUCAACGGGGCUCAAGAUUGGGUUCUGGAUCUUUGACGCCAGAUGGAUUGGGGCUAGGUUCAAGGCUUGGUUCUGGUUCUGUGACUCCAGAUGAUGGUGUGGGGUUAGGUUCAAGGCUUGGUUCUGGAUCCCUGACUCCGGAUGGUGUGGGGCAUUCAAGGCUUGGUUCAGGAUCUUUGACACCUGAUUGUGUGGGGCCUGCCUCUCGAGAUGGUGUCCUGGAAAAUCAGAUUUCUGAGUUUGCAUCUCUUGCAAACUAUGAAAAUGGAUCUAAAAAUGAUGAAACUAUAGUUGAUCACAGAGUCUCAUUCGAGUUGAGUGGUGAAGAGGUUGCACGUUGUCUUGAAAGCAAGUCAAUGCAAUCAUGUAGAAUGUUCCCAGAAUGCUCACUGGACAGCAUGUCAGAGGACUGCAUAAAAAGUGGGAAGAUGCUAAUGAAUAGUGAAAAUUGUUUACAUAUCAGGGAAACUUCCAAUGAAAUACCUGACAAAUCUUCAGGAGAAAUGGAAGAGGAGCACUACUAUAGAAAGCAUCGUUCUAUCACUCUUGGGUCAUUAAAAGAAUUCAACUUUGAUAAUUUGAAAGAAGUGCCUGAUAAACCCACAAUGAGCUCUGAGUGGUGGGCUAAUGAAACAAUUGCUGGGAAGGAAGCUAGGCCUGCCAACAACUGGACUUUCUUCCCAUUGUUACAGUCAGAAGUCAGCUGACAUUGAAACUUUGCAUAAUGGCUUCCCCUCUAUACUUGUAUGAUCAACAGGUUUGCUUUACUGAAUGCCUAACUUGUCAGAUGUAAGUCUGAAGCGCAACGGUGUUUUGGAUACAGUUCACCAGCCCUGGGGUCACAUGAGGAUAUAAAAAGGAAUUAAGCCGUGGUGAUCCAAACAACAAGUGCUCAGAAAAUAGUUUGUAGGGAUCAUUAGUGUGAGAACUAAUAGAGCAUUCUUUUUAAUUAUUUUGUUUCUAGUUUGAUGUUAUACAAAAAUAGCAUUUGCAUAUAGUGAUGUGUUCUGGAUUGUUUUUCCUUUUCUUGUGUAAUAAUGGAAAAAAAAAAGAGUACUUUCGUUAUACAAGAACCUGGGAGUCGAUGAUGGUCGAA